AUGGCUACCCGUCAGAGCGUGAGGUUCGUCACACACACGGAAAAGGGCUUGGCCCUAGAGGCUUCCCGCAAGGCGGCGGCGCGUAGGGACGCAGAAAACUCCGAGCGCCCGUCCUUCAGGGCGGCAGGCGAUGGGCACGCGCAAAAGGUGGCGAGGUUUGGUGGAGAAGAGACCCCGGUGCAGUUGGAGGGCUUCGACGAUGAAGUGGUAGCUGUGCCCAAACCAUCGAGCGUGAACCCCGCGGGCAACAAGACCGCAGCAGGCAGAAAGAGAAACUCCGGGAAGUGGAACACGGGACAGGACCUGAUGCUACUUACUUCCGUGGACCCGUCGCUGGCUGUGAGACACAAGACCUGGCGAGUGGCCGGCGUGACCGGCACAGUUGAAGACAGAUGGGGAUUGGUCUACGCAGAGUUGAACUCGGAGCCGCACGUGAGAGCUUUUGGGGACAAGCCUUUAAAGAAUUUGGUGUCGCGCUUCAACCAACUUGUUCGCGUCCAAACCGCCAAGAACAAUGACGCCGCACGAGCAUCGGGAGUAGGGAAUACCUCCGGCGACGACCUCGACGGAGACGAAGCCAAGCUGGAGAAGCUGCUGAUCGCGGUGGUAGACGCCAAGGCCGCGGAGAGGGCAGGCUCUCAACAAGAAAAGGCGAGGAAGGCGGGCCAGAACUUGCUUGGCCAGGCAGCCAUCGACAUGGGCAACAGCCGGUGCGGACCGGGAGCAACGGCGACGUCCUUCGGAGAAGCUCACGCGAGCGACGAGCGCCGGAUGGAGGGAGUCAACCGCACCAAGGGACGCAUGCCUGGGUUCACGCAGCCCGAUAGCAGGAGCGGCAGCGGGAGCGGCCGAUCCAGCCCCGCUACCGCCGGCGGCGGGGCCGGUUUCGGUAACGGCAGUGGGAGCGGUAUCGGCAGCGGCAGCGGGAGCGGCCGAUCCAGCCCCGCUACCGCCGGCGGCGGGGCCGGUUUCGGUAACGGCAGUGGGAGCGGUAGCGGCAGCGGUAGCGGUAGCGGCCGAUCCAGCCCAGCUACCGUGGGUGGGGUGAUACCUGUCCCCCCGCUUGGGGGCGCCCUUGCCAACCUGCUACGCGCACCGACGAUCGAGAGGCUUGCUUCGAAAGCCAACGUUACGCCUGAGCAGGCGGACCUUUUCCUCAACGCGGGAUUUCGUCCUGACCAAAUCCCCUAUGAUGUAGCAACGAGGAUGAUGGAGACUGUGAUUGCGGGCUACCUGAGUGCACUUAGAGGUAACCAAUCCGUGGAAACGUUUGUCAAGGAAGUUAUUGAAGCUGAUGAAGACGCCGAUGGCUUUCAACCCGUAGCAACGACUAAAGUUCCCGGGUUGGACAGGGCUGGUGAUUUGACGAACGCACUUUUUGUCAACUACAAGCAAGACUUUAAUGCGUUUGGAAUCCUUCCGAAUGCCUACAAGUACCGCAGUGGGUGGUUGGUUGAGGAAGGUCCGUCGGACAAGAUCUUCGAUGGGCUGACGAGGGCUCUGGCGGCUCGACUGGUGUUCGGUGCCGACAACACGCCGUUGAACUUAGCCGCCGCCGGCGGCGGCAGCGGCGGCGGCGGCGGCGGCGGUGCUAACGACUAUGACGAUUCCGGCGACGACGAUGCACCUCCCGACAGGCAAGCCAAGCGUACGGCCAAGAGCGGUAGGAAGACCCGCACAAACGCCAACAUGAGCAAGGAGUCGGAUCUCAACGGGAUGCUGGCGCGCUCGAUCCAGAAUGCAGAGCAAAAUGAGAUUCGGAGGUCGGUGAGGGAAGAGUCGUUUGCACGGCGGAGCGAGCAAAUGGCGGAGGACCGGUACCAGAGGGAGCGUGAUGAAAGUAAGCUGGACCGCCAACACGAGAGGGAUUUGCGUGCCGACGAGCGACAGGAGGAACGCGCAGACAGGGAUAAGCGGGAGGCGGCUGCGGAAAAAAGGCGUGCCGAUGAAAGGGCCGAAAGGGAGAAGGAACGGGAGUUUGAGUUGGAAAUCAUGAGGAUGAAGGUGCAGUUGGCUGUGGCAGAGAACAAGAAACCGUAG